UUGACGCGAAGAGCGGUUGGACACAUCUUGCACCCUGUGUUGGAUCAAGAUCAGGUUGGUGUCUCCAUCAACGUCUCUCCAAACUAUGCUAUCUUAAAGCUCAAAGCUGAUACUAAUUGUAUUCAACUCUUGCAGCAUGCAUUCUCUUUGGGUGUAGCUGAUAUAUCUUUUGUUUCGCAUCCCAAAGAAUAUUUUCAUUCGACGGAGUGGUUUGAAAAAAGAGCUGUUUAUAGUCCUGAUGAAGCAUUCUCUCAAAUCGAGAAAUCGCCACAUUCACGAAUUAAUGAUUCACCGCCUAGUACGGGUACAAUAGAAGUUCAAACUAUAGCUCGAGAUGAAUAUAGUUCAAACAGCUCAAGUAAUGGAAGUCGAAUAUCAUCAUCUUCCUGUACUAAUGAUUGCAAUCAAAAUACUUCAUUAUCAUCUUCCACACCAGAUCUCAAUAACAUGAUAAAUACCUUAUUUGGCGCAAAGAACGAAUUCGUGAAUGUAGUAGAAUGCUCUAACACCAGUCCAUCUCCCACACCAGUCAUUCCCGGCAACGGGCAAGUUGUAUGCAAGUUAUGUGGAAUAGCUGUGAGCUGUAGAAAAAUUACUAAUUUGUUAACUCAUGCUUUGAAAUUACAUUGUCCCAUAGGCUUAUGGAGAUGUCCCUUAGAGGGAUGCACAUUUGAUCAUGCAGACCAUGGAAGAGUUCGCUCUCAUCUACGUCAUCAGCACCCGGGUAAUGAUUCGAAUCCUGUUGAUAAUCGUUCUAUCGAAUCAGUGAAGAAAGCUGAACAAUAUUUGAAACGUUGCUAUCCAGCAGUAGAUUUCGAAAACCAGUACAAAGAUGUUUUAUAUUUGACAGAGCCAAUAAAUGGCUGUGCUGAGAAACACAAGGACAGUUUUGCUAUUUGGGAUCAAUUGAGUUUUGAGGAACCAAACACGAAUGUUGAGUGUCGAGCGUGCCGAUCGUCAAUUCCGUUGAAGAAGAGUGCUCUUGAAGAUCAUAUCAGACAAAACCAUAAGUGUGAAAAGUUGUAUCAAUGUAGUUUGUGCGAAUACCUGAAUGCUGAUGAGUGGAAAAUCAGAGUUCAUUCUUCAAUGAGGCACCCCGAUAAGUCAGUGAGUUCUACACUCCUUCAUCUCCAACACAAGAAUCGCAUACCUGUUCUGGCUAGAAAACUGUUUAGUAGCGUUUCAGACAAAAUGCCUCCUGACGAAGUAGAAGUAAUGAUUAAUAGCUUCCAACUGAGUGGUGGAUCUUCACUGGCAACUAUUCCUAUUUCCGAUUUGCUUACGGACGCCAUUACUAAAUGUGUUACCGAUGAGAAUUCUGUGGUCCCACUGCUGAAUUGCAAGGAUUCCAUCGCUAGUUCUCCGCUGCUACCUCUAAUAGAGAGUCAAGAGUUCGCUGUUAGCGGGGACACCAACACAGUACAGAACAUGUUAUUGCAAAUGUUUCCAUCAAUGGAAAACCCAUCGGCUGGAUCGAAUGGUGUUCUUAGGAAAUCAUCGUCAACUUCCUUAAAUAGACUAGAACGAAUCGUAGGAAAAGUCGAGUGCAAAAUGUGCUCAUCAUCAGUAGAAACCAAACGGACAAUGCUUGUUUCACAUGCGAAAUCCCAUUGUACUCAAAGACAGUGGCAAUGUCCUCAUUGUGAAACAUCGGCUGCCUUUCAUUCAAAGCUCAAGUUACACAUCGUGAAUGCCCAUAAAAGUGAUGCAGAACCCAUAGAUCUCUAUUCGCCUAGUUUAGAAAAUAAGUGGCUCUUACUAUUUCGACAAUGUUUUCCUCAAUUCUCGCAACAAUGUUUUGUGGAAGAGUGGAAGUUCAGAAGCAAACAGCAACAACAUUACGUGACCCAAUUAGAGGAGCCUAUGAGCAGAAAUAUUUUGGAAGGGUGUGAGCAGCCUAGACGAUCUCUACUGAUAGAAGAUGAUCCACCACCCCUCGAUGAAUUGACUGUAGUCAACUCUCCUGCAUUACAGCUUAAACUAGCUUAA